AUGUCUUCUGAAACAGCCGCCGCUGAGAACAAGCCUGACCCCCAGGGCAUGCGAAAGAAUGGCAAGCAAUGGCACCCGCUACGGAAAGCAUUUCGCCCAGGGUCCGGCUUGACGUCGUACGAGCAGCGAUCCAAACAGCGCGUCGCGACAGCUGCGAUGAAGGCCAAGGAGAAGGAGAUGAAAGAGGAGAAAGAGGCCGAAAGACAGCAACGAGUACAGGCUAUCAAGGAGAAGCGCGCGGCGAAGGAGGAGAAGGAGCGAUACGCGAAACUGGCCGAGAAGAUGCAUAAGAAGCGACUCGAGCGCCUGAAGCGGAAGGAGAAGCGCAACAAGCUCCUGAAUUCUUGA